GUGUAUACAACUGUUUGAUGUGUGUAUUACUAAUAAACUUAACUUAUCAUCUUCUCCUUUCUUUCUUACACUUCUCUAAUACAGCACCAAAACUUCAUGAGGAUCAAAGCAGAAAUAUCCAUGAUCCCUACUGGGAUUAGUCUUAGUUUCAUGUUUCUCCUUUUCACCACCGCAAGUGCUCAACCACCGAUUUACAUGUACAAUUUUUGUGAGAACUCAACUCUUAGCUCCUCAUACAAAGACAACGUUGAAACCCUUCUCUCAUGGCUAACCACAGACUCAUUCAAAAGCAACGGAUACAACUUCACCACUGUAAAUAGCAACAACAACAACAAUGAUGAUGAUGUUUAUGGAUUGUACAGCUGCAGAUACGACAUCACAGGGUAUUUUUGCCAGUUCUGCAUCACCACUGCUGCCACUGAACUCUCUCGGAGGUGUCCCAACGCUGUAAGAGCUAUCAUAUGGUAUGAUGUAUGCAUCAUCCGUUACUCAAACCAAAGUUUCAUUGGCAAUGUUACUUUAACCCCAACAUGGAAUAUUACAGGACCCAGAAUAAUCAAGCAUUCAUCAGAAUCUAGGAAAGCUGAGGACUCUGUGCAGAGUUUGAUUUGGAAAGCAACCGUAGAGACGAAGAAGUUUUGGGCAGUGGAUGAGUUUGAUUGGGUUGACAAUGAGAAAAGAUAUGGGUGGGUACAGUGUGACAGAGGUAUUAAAAAUGAUCAGUGUGGUGAGUGCUUGCAUGCAUUGUUAGACAUAUUUCCAGAGUGUUGUUCAACACAUGCACAGUGGGCAGUUUUUGGUCCAAGUUGUGGCAUUAGGAUGGAUGAUGAGAAGUUUUACCAGACUUCAGGUGCGAUGGAGGUUCAACUCUACUAUGCUUCGGUGUCUACUGCUUCUGGUACAGGAAAAGAGUCAGAAGAGUUCAUCUUUUAUACCGUAUCAGGCGAUGGAGGUUCUAGUAAGUCAAGAAAGUUUAUCAUUUCCUUUAGUGUUUUGGGGUCUGUAGCUCUACUAUGCUUCGGUGUCUACUGCUUCUGGUACAGGAAAAGAGUCAGAAGAGGUAAUUUGCUGCAGUAAGUAAACACUUGCUUGAUUUUUUAAAAAAGAUUGCUUUCAGGUCCUCAAAUAUGGAUUCAAAAACUUGUCAUUGUAGAUAAGAUGAUGUUUGAUGAGGAAACGUUGCAUGGCGACCUUCCUACAAUCCCGUUAAUCGCAGUUCUACAUAGUACUAAUAACUUUUCAGAAGAAUCUAAAUUAGGGGAAGGUGGAUUUGGUCCUGUUUACAAGGGAAUUCUACCAGAUGGAAGACAAAUUGCAGUGAAAAGGCUCUCGAAAUUUUCUGGUCAGGGCACACAGGAGUUCAAGAAUGAAGUAAUGUUUAUAGCUAAAUUGCAACAUCGUAACCUCGUCAGACUUUUGGGAUGCUGCUUAGAGGAAAAGGAGAAUAUACUUGUAUAUGAGUAUAUGUGUAAUGCAAGCCUUGACUCUCACCUCUUUGGUGGCGAUGAGAAGAGAAAUCAACUUGAUUGGAAACUAAGAUUCAGCAUUAUCAAUGGAAUAGCAAAAGGUAUUUUAUAUCUUCAUGAGGACUCUCGACUCAAAGUAAUUCAUAGAGAUCUCAAAGCUAGCAAUGUUCUAUUAGACCAUGAGAUGAAUCCCAAGAUAUCAGAUUUUGGAUUGGCCAGGGCAUUUGAAAUAGGACAGAACCAAGCAAAUACAAAACGAGUAGUGGGCACCUAUGGAUACAUGGCUCCAGAGUAUGCUAUGGAAGGAUUAUUUUCCGUGAAAACGGAUGUUUUCAGCUUUGGAGUUAUUGUCCUAGAAAUCAUUUGUGGAAGAAAGAACAGUGGAUUCCAUCGAUCAGAACAUGGUCAAAGUCUUCUUUUAUAUGCUUGGAACAUAUGGUGUGAAGGAAGAUGUUUGGAAUUGAUUGAUCAAGCAUUGAUAAAAUCCUUCGUAGCCAGUGAGGUUGUGAAGUGCAUACACGUUGGUUUGCUUUGUGUUCAACAAGAUGCAGCAGAUAGGCCAACCAUGUCCACGGUUGUUCUAAUGCUAGGAAGUGACACAAUGACCCUUCCAAACCUAAUCCACCCUGCAUUUCUCCGUUGGAAGAUUGACCUCUAUGAAAGAUAAACUUCAAGAAUUCCAAGAAUCUUUCUAUGUAAGGAUCUACAUCUCUCAAAGUUUUGGGAAGCAAGAUAGGAAUGUUUCGUUGUUUCGGAGUACGUAUUCAUUGAAUUUUAGACUCAUAGCACUAUCCAGCGUGGUAUGUUUCUUUCUUCUUAUCUUGAUG